UCCGUACGUACGGACUCCGGCGAGGGGCUUGUCAGGCGAUUGAGCUUAUUUGAUCUCGUUCUACUUGGAAUCGGCGCUUCGAUAGGCGCCGGAAUAUUCGUGGUCACCGGAACCGUCGCGCAUGACGCCGGACCUGGUCGGUGGCUCUGUGAUGCUUUUAAGUGAAUGAAUUGGCUCUUGUGAUUUUGCUUUUGAAUUUGCUUUAUUUGUUCUGUAUUUGGCUGCUUAUAACAUUUAUCUGAUUUAGUAUAUGCAUUUAUAUAACGAGCAUUUAUCCAUAUGGAUACAAGUUUUGAUAUUAACGAUCUUGAAUGCGAAGAAAUUUCUGAACUGAGGUUAGUUGACAUGUUAAUUUGGCAGAUGGAAGUUCAUAAAUGGUCUAGGAAGGAAAAUUGAAAUGAAAUAGAAGUAGGAGUAGAUCAAUCAUGUGCAUUAAUCUCUAUGGAGAUUCAUAAUUUUCUACUAUUUACUCUUUUAGUUAAACUUGCAGUCAUUUUGUCAGUCAGCCAUGGAUGAUAAUUGAUAAUGCAAUAAUUUUCUCUGGAUAUUAUCAACCUUUUAGUUAUGUAUGAAUGAUUCAAUGAUUUUCUCUGCAAAUCAUUUUUCUUUUAAGUUAACUUACUUUAGAUGUGUAAUUGAAAUUAAAUUCGAAGAAUAUGACUUCUUUGCCUAUAACAAUUUGUGCAUUUCUUCCACUAACUCCAUGGCUGUCUUCUCUGAAUCAGGCGUUACAAUUAGCUUUAUAAUUGCGGGAGCAUCGUGUGUGCUGAAUGCUCUAUGCUAUGCUGAAUUAUCUUCUCGUUUUCCGGCUGUUGUUGGGGGGGCUUACUUGUAUACGUACACUGCUUUCAAUGAACUUACUGCUUUUCUUGUUUUUACCCAGUUGAUGCUUGAUUAUCAUAUUGGUGCUGCUAGUAUAGCACGUAGCUUAGCGAGCUAUGUAAUUACUGUAAUAGAGCUUAUUCCUUCGGUGAAGGAUACAAUACCAGAUUGGAUUGGGCAUGGUAAACAGAUCUAUGGAGCAUUAUCUAUUAACGUAUUGGCGCCUAUUAUCCUAGUGCUUCUGACGGCUGUUCUCUGUCGGGGUGUUGGAGAGUCUUCUAUACUGAAUUCAAUCAUGACAGUGACAAAGGUUCUUAUUGUUCUCUUUGUCAUCAUUGUUGGAUCAUUUAAGGUUGACACUUCAAAUUGGACCCCUUUUACUCCACGAGGUUUUAAGUCAAUAUUGACAGGGGCAACCGUGGUCUUCUUUGCAUAUGUAGGAUUUGAUGCAGUUGCUAAUUCUGCUGAGGAAUCCAAGAAACCCCAGAGGGACCUUCCCCUGGGAAUAAUUGGUAGCCUUCUUGUCUGUGUUGCACUCUACAUUGGCGUCUGCUUAGUGAUUACUGGGAUGAUUCCUUACGAAAAUCUUGGAGAAGAAGCACCUUUAGCUAAAGCUUUCACCUCCAAUGGCUUGAAAUAUGUCUCGGUAAUAAUCAGCUUUGGUGCUGUUGCUGGACUAACAACAACACUUUUAGUCGGGCUUUAUGUUCAGUCGCGGUUGUAUCUUGGACUUGGAAGGGAUGGGUUACUACCAACCAUGUUUUCCAAAGUACAUCCAACCCUUCACACCCCAAUCCAUUCGCAAAUUUGGGUUGGCUUUGUUGCUAGCAUCUUGUCAUGUUUCCUUAAUGUUCGCGUGCUCUCGCAUAUUCUCUCAGUUGGAACUUUGACAGGGUAUUCAGUUGUCUCAGCAUGUGUCGUGACAUUGCGCUGGAAGAACAAACCAUCAUCAAGUCAGGCUUCUACUUGGUGUAUUUCCAGGAGGACAGAGGGCAUCCUUUAUCUCAUCGGAAUUGCUUCUUGUGGUUUUGUUGCUGGAAUCCUCUUCCGUUUCGAUGUUUCAUUUUUUUUCCUCAUUCCAGUCGCGGUUCUUGCAAUCAUUUCUGCUGCAGCUCUUUAUAUUCGUCAAGUGUAUAGUGUUCCUCUUGGCUUUUCUUGUCCUCUAGUUCCAUUAGUUCCAUCCAUCAGCAUUUUUGUUAACAUGUUUUUAUUUGCUCAGUUACACUAUGAAGCCUGGGUCAGGUUCGCCACCCUCAGCGUCGUCGCGGUUGUUAUUUACGCGUCGUAUGGCCAGUUUCACGCCAACCCGGGCACCGGAGAUGAUGACGCCGGCGCCGCAUAAUCUCCUUUCUGCCGAGAAAAGCCCAGAAUUUCCUCAACAUGUAGAAUAUUUUGCAGGCCUUAGCAAAUUCACAGAGCAUUUGGCAAAUAAGUGUGUUCACGAUGAGGAUCAUAAAUUUACAUUUAUGUAUCUUUUUGGUACAGUUAUAUAUUAUAGUAUAUAUUAUAUUAUCGUGUGAUGGCAAAUAUAUACCGUCUGUUUUGAUUAAAUAUGCCAACCAAAUGAUCUCCGAUCGGAUCAGCUCCGAUUAUCGAAAGAACAGCAACACAUCAAGGGGAAAACAGGUAAUACAUAUAUAUACAUAUAACCAACAUUGUCCAUUUUUAGGCACACAAUUGACACAACACAACACAGCUGUUGUGCUGCACUCACUGACUUUUCGACUCUAUAACUGUACAGUUACCAAAUCCGGCGUCCCUUCCCGUCCCGAGCCGACCCCUUCUUUGGCAAUUGCACGACCACGACUGGCGGCUCAAGACCAUUAACUCCAUCAAGAUCCCAGACAAACUCUCGGGAGAAAUAAAAAGACACGGUAACGUAAAAGAAGAUCCUUAUUACCCGCUGCUGAAAAAAAAAAAAACUUGAGGACGUGGGCGGGGGGCU